AAUAGCUCGAGACAUUGCCUGAGAAUAUUAUCGCGCGAUCGCAAUGAGUACCGCAACCGUGAGACAACUCCGUGACGUGCUGGAACCAUCUCGUCGCACAAGAGGUACUACAGAGAGCCCGGUGAUGGUAGUUCCCGCCAAUUCUUCAGCCACGGCUCACAACAUGGAUGUAAGAAUAGUGCAGAAUUGGUUGAACAGACUUCCCGAUGGUUGGAACUCACCGCAGAGUCCCGAUGAACUUAUCAUUCAAAAGAGAGGUCGACGCAAGUCUAUAGUAUGGUCUCCUGAUCUCAAGACAUAUAAACGACAUAGUUUGUUUAGUUUGAGUUCCAAAGAUCAGACACCAAUUAAAAGUUCAACGAAAUCAAAUAUGGCGUUAAGAGAUGCAGCUAAAAAGCGACUUUCUCUUGGCGAUACUUAUCAGUCUGAGUUUUCUACACCAAAAAGCAAAAAAGCAUUAUUGUCCUCUCGAAUGUCACUAAAUGCUACAAAUACGACGAGACAACGAUCUGAUGAUAAUUUAGUGAACGGUUUGCGAGAUCUUAGUCACGAGCAACUCAUACGGUUGAUUAUGGAGUUGGUAUACGCGCAGGAAGACGGUACAUUGCGCGAAAACGAAAAGCUUCGUUAUAUUCUUUCAAAGAAAAUAUCAGACGCCGAUAUUCAACCGUUCAUAGAGAAGUUGAUUAUCUUGAGGCAAAAUAUUUAUGCCAGUCUUGUAUUUUCCCCUAAUUUGAACGAUGAAUCUGCAUACAAUUGUGCUUACAUACAUCUUGAUGCAUUUCAGAAAGCUCUAGUUGAUCAGGGAAGAAUACUACAAGAAUCCCAGCACUGGGUCUCAUUGAUGCACUAUGUAUUAGAAUCAUGGAAAAUCAUCAGAGAAUUACCCAAAUGGGAGAAUCAAGAUCUUUGUAAUAUCACAUGUAAAUGUUUACAAAGUAUGUCACAAUUUUGUGCUGAAACUAUAAGAAGAGGAAAAUUUGAGACUUCAACUCUGGAAAUUUAUAUUGAAAGUCUUAAAACUAUAGUCGAGGAAUGCGAAGAAUUUCAAAUCUGCCUGCAGAUGGCAAAAGAAGCAAAACAUGAAACUUAGGUCUUUUUUCUUAUUUGAUAUGAUUUGCUUGAUAAUUUUAUUUAAAUAUUUAUCAGAACCGUGGGUGCGGUAAUAAUUAAACUAAUAUUGACAGCCCUGACACAUUAAUGUGCAGGAUGAUAUAUAAAGUAGAAUUAACCAGUGAAAAAAUCGUUAGAGACGAUUUAGUUUUAAAAAUAAAAAAUGAAAAUUUUUUUAUCAUCCUUAUAACAUUAAAUAUAUCUCGAAUGAUCCUAUACAUUAUUGUAUAUUGACGUAAACAUACAUAUGUUUUAGAUUUAUAUAUUUGUUCAGUCUCUCAACGCACGCGACUAUUCUACAUAGACACACAUACACAGACAUGCGGAUAAUAUAUAUGAAAUGUAACUAAUAUGUAUUAUCCGUUAUUAGACAUAGUGGCUGAGAUAUAAAACGAAUUAUAUAUGCCUUGAUACCCUUUAAGCCUUGUAAAUUACAGAUAGCAUGUGCCUCUUUGUAUAUUAAUUCUUUAAUAUUAAUAGAUAUUUUUUUAUCUUGUUGAGAGAUAAGUAUUAGUUUUAAAAUACAGAAAAUAAGUACAAUUUAAAUUUCUUAGUGAAAAAAAUUACAUGGUACAAAAUGUGAAGAAAAUGUUGAUAUUCAAUGAGAAACAAUAAGAUAUUAAAAGAUCAAUCUUUUCGAGUGAAACUUUGAUAAUUACUAUAUUUAUCAGAGUGUAUAAUAAAUAAGAAGAAUGUAACUUUGACUCUCAGAAAUAAUCUUUGUCUGGAUAACAUAUUUGUAUAAAACUAUAUCAUAAUUUUGUUGUUAAAUUAUUUUUCUACGUGUUUUUAUAUUUUAAAAUCUAUUUUUUCGUUUUAUAUAAAUUAUAUAUCCCUUUCGCAUAUAAAAAAAAAAAGAGAUUCAUACAUACAAGUUUUGCGGUACAAACAAGAUGUAUACUUCAAUGUAUAUAAAAUUUAAAAAAAAAACAUGUUUUUAUAUCAAAAAGCCAAACACUAUUUUAUGUUAUAUUGUAGCAAUUAUUUUAUUUAUCGUAACUUGAUGUAUUUUAGAUCCUCGCCCUUCUCAAAAUCAUUAUAUCACACAAAUGAUAUUUUUGUAUGUG